CAGCCUUGAAGGCUUAAACCCGCUUCUGCUCUGCUCUAAAAAACCUAAACUAAGGACGGUCUGUAGCCAGAGAGAGAGCGACAAGGCUAGAGAGUGAGAGAGAAGGUGAGUUGGAGAAGAUGAAUAUCGAAGAGGUACAGUCCACUGCCAAGAAACAGAGAAUAGCUACGCACACUCACAUCAGAGGCCUUGGCCUUGAGCCUAGUGGAAGAGCCAUUGAUAUGGCUGCUGGAUUUGUGGGUCAGAAAGAGGCUAGAGAAGCAGCUGGGCUUGUAGUCGAUAUGAUAAAGCAGAAGAAGAUGGCUGGCCGUGCACUCCUCUUAGCUGGGCCUCCUGGAACUGGAAAGACAGCUUUGGCUCUUGGAGUUUCCCAGGAACUUGGAACUAAGGUUCCAUUUUGUCCAAUGGUUGGAUCAGAAGUAUACUCAUCUGAAGUUAAGAAAACUGAGGUAUUGAUGGAAAAUUUUCGAAGGGCUAUUGGUCUACGUAUCAAGGAGAAUAAAGAGGUCUACGAGGGAGAGGUGACUGAACUUUCUCCAGAAGAAUCUGAAAGUUUAACUGGUGGCUACGGUAAAAGCAUUGGUAGUGUAAUUAUUGGGCUAAAAACCAUCAAAGGAACAAAGCAACUACGAUUGGAAGCCAGUAUUUAUGAUGCCUUGAUCAAGGAGAAGGUAGCUGUGGGAGAUGUUAUAUACAUUGAAGCAAAUAGUGGAGCAGUCAAAAGAGUGGGUCGAAGUGAUGCUUUUGCUACAGAAUUCGACCUUGAAGCAGAGGAGUAUGUCCCGCUUCCUAAGGGAGAAGUUAGCAAAAAGAAGGAGAUAGUUCAGGAUGUAACUCUGCAUGAUCUAGAUGCUGCUAAUGCAAGGCCUCAAGGUGGGCAAGAUAUAUUGUCUCUAAUGGGCCAAAUGAUGAAGCCCAGAAAAACAGAAAUCACUGAUAAGCUACGACAGGAAAUAAAUAAGGUUGUUAAUGGAUUUAUUGAUAAGGGUACUGCAGAGCUUGUUCCUGGAGUUCUAUUCAUUGACGAGGUACAUAUGCUGGAUAUGGAGUGUUUUUCGUAUUUGAAUCGUGCUUUGGAGAGCUCGCUGUCACCCAUAGUGAUCUUUGCUACAAAUAGAGGAAUAUGUAACGUAAGAGGGACAGAUAUGAAUAGUCCUCAUGGCAUCCCUGUUGACUUGUUGGAUCGGUUGGUGAUUAUCCGAACACAAACUUAUGGUCCUGCUGAGAUGAUACAGAUUUUAGCAAUUCGUGCACAGGUCGAGGAACUGCACAUAGAUGAAGAGAGUCUAGCUGACCUUGGAGAGAUUGGACAGCGCACAUCAUUGAGGCAUGCGGUUCAGCUAUUAUCACCCGCCAGCAUUGUGGCAAAACUGAAUGGUCGAGAAGAGAUAUGCAAGGCGGACCUCGACGAAGUGUGCGCAUUGUAUCUGGAUGCCAAGUCAUCGGCCAAGCUACUUCAGGAUCAGCAGGAGAAGUACAUUUCGUGAUUUUUGAACUUCAUAUCCGAAGUAGCAAUUUUUUUGUUCGCUAUCAAUGUCAUAUUUUAUGCUGGAUGUGAUAGGGUCUUCCCUUCUGAUUAAAGAGCACUGACUUCAAUCUGUGGGCUGGGAAUGCAGUUGUAAAGGAAAACGAGUUAAAUUCUAACAUUUCCACAGGUGGAUUUGCAUGAACUUUCCAAUGCAAUGAUACAUUUGCGCUUUGUCUUUUA